UUUUUCAAUAUCUCUUUUCCGUUAACUCAAUUGACUACUUUAUAUAGCAGCUCUCUCUCUCUCUCUCUCUCUCUCUCUCUCUCAAACCUCACCAGAUUAAUCGAAACCCUAAACACAACAAAUAUCGAAAAACAUCUUUUUUUCUUCUCAAAAAACAAAUCAUGGAUUUCUAUUCCCACGAUAUCGUAGACAACUUGAUCAAUGUCAACCGGAUCUACAACGACGACGGAGAUCUCCGCAAAAACGAAAAGCUCUUCUUCGAUUUCCAAGUGGACUACACUCGUGGAGAAGAAGACGGAGAUGACGAAGAAGAUCUCAACAAUCUCGAAACUAGAACCGUUGUUGAAACUCUCGAGUUUGAUCGUGAAUGGUUGUUCGGCGGAGAUCGUAAUCGGAUCCUAGCCUUCGUCUAUCACAUUCUCGAUUUGCUCCAAGUCCCUUGUGAUCGCGAGAUCGUUACCACGCUGACUGAGAAUAUUUUGGAGUUGAAGACGCGUGAGGAGAUCUCUGAGUUACCUCACGUGGAGAGGCUACAAGUAUCGAUGUCUGUUUUCGUGCCGACGUUUCCUGGUGAAGAGGAGGAUGAUGUCGUGGUUGUGAAUUUUGCGGUGGCUCCAGCGAGCGAUGAGGCGGUGGAGAUACACUUGGAUACGGUGGUUGUUGAUGAGAACGACAGAGGUUAUUGUGUGAUAUGCAUGGAUAAGAUCCGGGUUGGGUCGGAUGAGGAAGCGGGUCGAAUGCCGUGUUCGCACGUUUUUCAUCGCGCGUGUGGAGAGGAGUGGCUUAGGGUUAGUGGGAUUUGUCCGGUGUGUCGUGCCGUGUUUCCUUCAUAAACGGCUAAACCCUAAUUAAAGCCUCUCUCUCUCUGAUCAGCCUUUCGUGUUAAUUAGUUUCGUUUAUCAUGUUUCAUUUUUGUAGGUUGUUUGUAUUUACCUAUUAGGUUCGAUAUGACCUAUCAGUUUAGUUUAAUUCAUGUUUUUCCUUUCAAUUUUCUAUGUGUAUGAAUGUUCAAGAAUGUAUGCUUUAACCUUGUUCGUUGCUAUUUUUGUUUGUCAUCUAUUUCUUGCUUUUUGUUUACAAAUAAUCCAUGCUUGUUUUCCUUUUUGGUAUUCGGAUGUAAUUUACUAAUUACAAUUCAAUUUUUGAGAUUUUUUGUUAGGUCCCAAUAACAACAAGAACAUAAUUUGUUUAAAAGAGCUACCUUUGUUUUUUUUUUUGGUUUUUCAUGUCUUCAAAUAGAUGAGAUGAGAUGAGAUGGUACUAAUUCUACGAACUUGGGAAACAAAUAACAAUGUGCAAAAACAAACGUGAACUAGUAUCCUUCAAACUAGGAAGUGGGAGUGCGUUUAAUUAUUUUAUUUGCAAAAAUUGAAAUAAAAGGAAAUAGACCAAGUCAAAACGACUCAACCAAGAUAGUCUUGUGUAGUUGACAAUCAGUUAACGGGAACAAACCGGCAAGGACUAGUUCUAAGAUGGAGAGGAGACAUGAGAUUGUUUCCCUUGUUUAAGUUUUCUAUUUUCUAAUUAAGCGACAAGUUUUCAUGGAACCAAACCACAAAUAGAAAUUUGCCUUUAGAAAAAAGUGUUUUUGUGUUCUUAAGCUUUGGGACCUCCUAACAUUGUUCUGCUCUUAUGAAGUUUAAAUAAUCAAUAGAAAAGCAGAAGAAUGUACAAGUUUGCCAAAGUUUGUUUUAAAUUUUAAGAAAAUUUCAAGGUGACCAACAAUGUGCUAAAUUCUAAAGCAAGAAGACUUGAAAAGAAAACUCAUAAAUGCCCGAUGGUCUGAUAGUGUGUGGUCUGGACUCUUCACUACACACUAGUGAUGACCUUGUAUGCAUAAAAUAGCAAACUACCUCAAAAAGUUUGAUGUUAAACACACUAUCACUGGUAGGGAUAACCGAUAAAAAGAAAAGGAUCAGAUAAGAUUCAUAAGUUCAACAGUACAUAACAACAAAUCUACACUCUCACCACGUCAUUGUACGAAUAUAAAACCAAAGGGGUAAAAAAA